UUGCUUGUAAGAAAAUUAGGCCAUGUUAUGAAUCAAUUUCAUCCUUGUAAAACCCAUUUUUGUUUUUACUGUGAAUCUGUUCAAGUUUUAACUUUUUCAAGAUAUUAAAUGAUAUAUGCAAACUAACAGAGCUGUGCUAAAUACUUCCAGAAAGAAUAGACAGUUGAGAAGCUCCACCACCACCCACAAUGUCUAGCUUAUCCUCUUGUCUUUCCCUAACCAAAAACCUUGCUCAUGCUUCUCUUCCCAACAACAACAAUGGCUCUUCAUCACCACCACCAUCUCUCCAUGCUACUAACAACAACACAAAACUUCCGAUGCGCAGCAGAACAACUCCACCAUUGCCAGGAAAGAAGCCGCAACCAAACUUGCAACGCCGCAAGCCAAACCAGCCUUCUGUCAUCGAAAUCGAACGUGUCAUUGGUGCUGGAAGGUUUCGCGAUGCUGACAACUCGGAUGUGGAAGAAGAAAAUGUUGCGAAGUUCGACAUGUCGAUGAUGAACUUUAGCAAGUUUGAAGGGCCAGUGGAGAAGCAGCUCCGGGAGACAGGAGAGUGGGUAACCAAUCAAACCGAAAGAGGGUUCCGUUCAAAUGGCAAACAAAUUCUGAAGUUUGUGUUCUUGUGGAUACUACCAAUCUGGGCUUUCUCACUCCUAGUUGCCGUUGGAGCCAUCAAGCUAAACAUCCCAAUUCUUAAUGACCUCAUUAUGUGAACCUUAAAUUUUGUGUUCAAAUGUAUCUCUCUUUGUAGACUAGUAGGAGCACAACUAUGUAAAACCAAUUUGGU